AUGAAGCUAGUCCAAAGCUUUGCAAUUGCAUUGCUCCCAGUCUAUGCGCUGCUCUCCCAUGCUUUCGUCACCGUGGGGGCCAAUGAAGAGCUGGUACAGCAGCAGCAGCAGCACACUCUCAGCCAUGGAAAGCUCUCCGACGUGAUAGCCGCAUCACCAUUGUUGUCGCUGCAUCGUGCCAUCUGCGAGGUCGAAUCGAUAACCGAUAACGAAGCCGCGGUGGGGAAGCUGCUCGUCUCGAUUCUCGAGGCGCACAAUUUCACGGUGCUUACAGAGAGUGUCCCGCCGCCGACCGUGGGGUCGGCAAGCAAUGCAAAGGAAAGAUUCAAUAUCUAUGCGUACCCGGACGUCUCAAAGUAUGAAGGCCCUGUCCCUGCGACGUCUGACGCAAGUCGGAGCCAGCCAAAGGUACUCUUGACCUCGCACAUUGACACGGUCCCCCCACAUAUCCCGUACUCGUUGUCUCUUCCUACCAAGAGAAUCGAUUCCUUUCCUGCGACACCGUUCUCGCGCAAGGACAUACUCAUUUCCGGCCGCGGGACGGUCGACGACAAGGCUUGCGUGGCGGUGCAAGUCCAAACGGCGUUGGACCUGCUGUCCACUACUGUGUCCCCUUCGGACAUUGCGCUACUGUUCGUGGUGGGCGAGGAAAAGAGGGGCGACGGCAUGCGCCAUUUCUCCUCGUCGCAGGUCUACAACCACACGCGCAACAACUACAAGGCCAUCCUCUUCGGCGAACCGACAGAGGGCAAAUUAGCGACGGGCCACAAGGGGAUUGAGAUGCUCUCGCUGCGGGCCCGGGGCAAGGCGGCGCACAGCGGCUAUCCAUGGCUCGGAAGGAGCGCCAAUAGCAUGAUCUUGCCCGCGCUGGUGGUGUUGGAUAAACUGGGCGACACGCCCGAGGAGGAGGGCGGACUGCCCCGGAGCGACAAGUACGGGAAAUCUACAGUGAACGUCGGGUUCAUGCAGGGAGGCGUGGCGGCCAACGUGGUGCCCGAGUUUGCCAUGGCCGACGUGACCUUCCGGCUCGCCGGGGGAACCGUCGCGGAUGUUCGGAAGAUUGUCACGGACGCGGUGCGCAAGGUCGACCCGGAGGGACUGCUGGAUUUGCAGUUCUCUCAAGGCUACGGGCCCGUGCCGCUGGACGCGGACGUGGAGGGAUUUGAGACCAUCACGGUGAACUACGGGACGGACGUGCCGAAUCUGGACGUUGGAGAAGGGGUCAAGAAGUAUCUGUACGGGCCCGGGAGUAUUCUCGUUGCACAUGGAAAGGACGAAGGUCUUACAGUUGGGGAUAUGGAGGAGGCCUUGGAAGGGUACAAGAGGUUGGUGAUGCAUGCGUUGAAACUGUAA